GUCCUUGUGUUAAUUAUUUCUGAUGAUUCAAUUGUUGACAUGUUUGAACUACUAAUGUAUCAUGGGUAUAUAAAUGUCUACGUUGAACAUGAAUCUGAAAUUGAGAAACAAGUGACAAAAGGUGGGCCCUCUCAUGGGAAUAAUGGUUCAGUAAAUGAUGUUUUAAUGGUUGGUGAGACAGUGGCAUAUAAUGUAAAUUUGUAUACAUCUGGGGUUGAUUUGGAAUGGGAAGAUGGUUUUGGUUGUGUUAGCCAGGAGAUUCAAACACCAAUUGUAGGACAAAAUACUAGAAAUUGUGCACAAGGAAGAACCGAAGAAGAUGUGAAUAGUGGUGAUGAGUAUAUUGAUGUUCCUUGGUUAACCGACAAUGAGGAUGAGUGGCAAGCAGCAAGGACUCAGUACAAGGAUAGUGUUAAGUUAUAUGGAGAUAAUGCUAAUAUAGAUAAGGCUUUAUUUGAUCCAACUGAAGCAUUUGUUGAUGAUGGCCUCAAUGACUCAAUUGAUUCUAAUGAUGAGGUUAGCUUUGUUACAACUAGUGACGAUAGUGAGGCAGAGGAAGCAAGAAGAAGGCGAUCAUUGCACAAGGUGUUUGAUGACUCCACUAUCAAUCCAGAGUUUGAAGUAGGAAUGAUUUUUGGUUAAAUACCCUUUUUGAUCCCUUUACUAUAAGAAAAAGCCCCUUUUUAG